UAUUGUUAUUCGUGGAUAUUAAGCGGAGGGAACUUAAUACUGGCAGUAUUUUCUGCAUUUACUAUAAUUAGUUAUUCGUUAACCGUGGGAUAUAAAGAAAAAAUACAAUAUGAGAAGAUAAUUAUAAAUUUUUUAGCAUUACAUUCUCGACACAAAAAACUAAAGCUUCUAGUCAACAGCAGGCGGAAUUUCAAACUGCAGCACGUUAGUUUUCACCUAAACAAUUAUCUCGAAUUAACACACUAAAGAUAUGUAUUAUGCAUGGAGCUAUUUCUUCGUUCUGAUAUGGCUGGCUUAUAUGAUCUCAUCUGGCGUGCUACUCUUCUCUCGUGGUUUCCUGCUUUCACGCGUGUCCAAAACGGACGUGAGUUCAUGCCAACGACUUUCUUUAAAUGAAAGUGAUGAAUAUUUUGUCAGUGAGGAAAUAGUACAAGAAAUCUUUAAAGAUGUAAAUGCAACUUCCAAUUUGUGUCUGCCGCAAAAAUCAAAAGUGAUUAUACUGGUUAUUGAUGCGCUCAAAUAUGAAUUCGGUGUUUAUAAGGAAAACCUUACAAAUCCACUUCCAUUCGAAAAUAAGCUGACAAUAAUACAUGAUCUAAUAGAGAAUUCGCCCGAUAAUGCACGACUUAUGCGUUUCAAGGCAGAUCCACCUACAACUACUUUGCAACGGCUGAAGGGGCUUACAACCGGUAGUUUGCCAACAUUUGUCGACAUGGGCUCAAAUUUUGCAUCCCCUGAAAUUAACGAAGACAAUAUCAUUGAUCAAUUAGUGAAGCAUGAUACACCGAUUGUCUUUUUGGGAGACAGCACGUGGACGGAUCUAUAUCCCCGUCGCUUUCGGCGCUCCUAUUCCUAUCCAAGUUUUGACAUUUUCGACUUAGAUACAAUCGAUAAUAAAAUUAAACAGUAUUUGCCUAAAGAGCUUGGAAAGGAAGAUUGGAAGGUGCUAAUUGCACAUUUCUUAGGCGUUGAUCAUUGUGGACAUAAAUACGGACCUAUGCAUGAAGAUAUGGCACGUAAGCUCGAUGAAAUGAAUGAAGUUAUUAAAUCGGUUGUGUCAAAAAUGGAUAGCGAUACAAUUUUGCUUGUAAUGGGUGAUCAUGGGAUGACGGCAUCUGGCGAUCAUGGUGGUGAAACCGAGGAUGAGACUAAUGCGCUAUUGUUUGCCUACACUAAGGGCCAUAAAUUCAUCGGUAGCGAAUUCGGCUCAGAUAACACAACCAUGCAGCAGAUCGAUCUCGUGCCCACCUUAGCUACUAUACUAGGCGUUCCAAUACCGUACUCAAAUUUGGGCCUAAUCAACUUUAACAUCGUGCCAGACGUUCAAGUACCAUACAUGAACAAGUUCCAGACACUUCUACUGCAUGCCUGGCAGAACGCGCAACAGAUUUACAAAUACUUUUUCAAUUACGCUUUGGAGAACAAACGCACGUUCAGUGCCGAUGAUUUGGAGAAAAUGCAUAACGAAUACGUCUUAUUUACGCAUCGCGUCAAAACCGUGUACAAUGAGGCGGGCUUUAAGUCAUUUAUUGGUGAUUUGAAUGCUAAUAUGCGACUUAUACUGAACACAUGUCGAGAAAUUUGGGUAAAAUUUGAUGCCGUCCUAAUGUCUCAAGGCCUAUUGCUUACGUUGCUGCCUAUUUUCUUCUCAUUUUUGUUGAUCAAUAACUUACACGCUGUGGAGUUUUAUCGCAUAUUCACACCCAAGGCAGUGACGUACACAUAUCUGCUAAAUAUUGCAGCCGGUUUCUUUGGCUAUCGCUAUUUCAAAAAUUUUUCCUUCAAGUCAGCGGAACAUGGCGUAAUUUUCUGCACGAACAUUCUUAGUGCGUUUGUGUUAGUUUUUCAUAUAUUGCAAAAUUGGAGGGCAAUCGCCAACAACUGGUCAACAGUGAAGCGUUUCGGCAAUAUGCCAACUAGAAUUCUUUUCAUAAUCUCCGUAAGUGUCUUCUUCUCCAAUAGUUUCGUUAUACAGGAACCAAAAAUACUCUCGUACCUAUUGAUAGCAAGCAUUCUGCUGCUAGCGUACGAAGUGCUCCAAAAAUGCGUUCGCCUCGAACUUAGCAAACGCUUUAGAUGGUCGCAAUUUUUACGCUCGCUCACAGUGCGGUUGCUGCUAUUCAGCGUAUUAGCCAUUAUUGUAAUUCGUUACGCUUACACAUUGUUUCGUUGUCGAGAGGAACAAGGCAACUGCACGGACUUCUCUAACAACGCGGGAGGCUUCUCGCUUAAGCGACCGGCCAGUGGCAAGACGUACAUUUUAGCUGUAGUCAUUAUAGUCCUCUACACAACGGUCUCUCGACUCUAUCUGCGACACAGUGGUAGUCUAACCGGUGGCUCCCCGAAUGUGUGGCUGGCACGCUAUGGUCCGACCAUCGCUUCCAUUUGUGCGGGCGGUCAUUUGCUGCUCGCUCAUAGCGCCAUUAAAAAUGUAAAGCGCGCGCACAUCGACGCCAUGGCGCUUGUAAUCUAUGGACUUAUGAUGGUACAGAUUGUCGUCCUAUGCGUUUCGCCCCUGCUGACUUUCUACGUGUUACCAAGUUUUACCACGCCUAUCCAAGUGAGCCAGUGGGACCGAGUCAUACCGCAGAUUUUCAAGAAAAUUAAGCGUAUGUACGAUGAUGCGGAGGCGCGUGUAAAUCAAAUGGAUGCUAUGGUCUACGGGCUGACCACUGUGUAUUCCUCGGCUACCAUAGUGUUUGGACUUUUCCUCAGUAUGGUAUUGAUUGUAUUGCUUGAACCACGCGCCUCGAUUGGCAUGAUCUCUUGUGUGGCAAUUUCGAUCGUCAUCAUCUUGGUGCAUUCCAUCUUGCGUUAUCGUACUGCAACGAGUUUUGAAAACUGUAUUCAGCCCACAUUCACGGCUAUCGUCAGUUGGUUUUUGCUGGCCCAUUUUUGCUUCUUCGCCACCUCUCAUCAGACUACACUUUCGCAGAUAGACUGGCGCGCUGCUUUCGUGGGUCGUACCAGUGGUCUUGGAAAGUCACAUUUGAUUUCUGGGGUCCUAGUCAUUCUCAACACCUUCUGUGGACAGGUGUUCUUUUUCUGCAUGUACAAUCUGCUUAGCCUGCUGACAUUCUCACUUUGUGCGCUGUACCCGAAACUAAUAAAAAGUCAGCAUAAUUUAAACGCUAAUGGAAAUCCCGCUGUGGCGUCGCUGGAAGGUAUUGGCUUUGAUAUGAUGCGUGGUGAAUUCCUGCUUUUCGAGAAUGAAGGCACUUUUCUGGGCGGCUCAUUUAAACUUGCAGUACAGUUUCUUAUACUGCAAGGCAUUAAGGUGUUCUGUGCUAUGCUUGCGUGCACCAUUCACUGUCGGCAUCUGAUGGUCUGGAAAAUCUUCGCACCGCGUUUUAUAUAUGAAGGCAUCGGGACAUUUGUUAGUCUGGCUGCUCUAAUUGUUGGCUAUUUUGUUAUAUUGCGCAUUAAUCGUGCUUUAGAACGGCUAAUUUCGAGGACGAAUAGUUUAAAAUUGGACUAAGGACAAAGUUUGCACGUGUUUAGUGAGCAAAUGCUCAUGUUUGUUUUAUUGUUUCUAUUCGAGGCGCGCCUCAGCCUCGGCCUCAAUAAACGUUUUGCAGGCAUUUUUUGUAUAUGUAAGUGUUUUUUUUUUAUUUUUUAUGUAUUUAACAAUUGCGUUACCGUCUCAAUAUUUAUUCUGAAAGAACCUACAAUACUGUAUUUUAUAUCUUAAAUAAAAGAAGCUGAUACGUUUAAAACCCGCAA